UCAGACCAGAAACAAUACUCAUCCUCUGUCACUGACUCAUACCGUGGAGAGUGGCAAGAUACCUCAGUUUGAAGACUGACUUUUCUGUCUGCAAUGAUAUCACCAUGGUAUUAUUUUUGGCACUGAAGAUUUAGUGCACCUUACCUAGGUGAGUGUGUUAUUGUUGCUACACAGAGACCUGGGCAGCUUAGGUGUUCUGUGCUUAAAUCCCACUGAUUUUUGAGUAACCAGUUCCAGAAAAAGGAGAAUUGAUCGCUGGUGGUCAUCCUGCUAAGUCCUAAAGUCAGCCUCUGAAAAGUGGAAUCUCCAGCAAGAACUGUUUCCUUCCUGCAUUGAAAGGGAUCUUCUCAAAGAAAUAAUGCUCCAUUCACCAUUGGCAUUGUCCCUCCUACUAAUCGCAGUCUCUUCCAACCUUGCGAUGGCAAUCAAAAAGGAAAAAAGAGCACCUCAGACGCUGUCAAGAGGGUGGGGAGAUGAAAUUACCUGGGUGCAAACUUAUGAGGAAGGUCUUUAUCAAGCCAAAAAAAGUAACAAGCCACUGAUGGUAAUUCAUCAUUUGGAAGACUGUCAAUACUGCCAAGCACUGAAGAAAGCUUUUGCAGAAAACGAAGAGAUACAGGAAAUGGCCCAAAAUAACUUUGUUAUGCUGAAUCUCAUGCAUGAAACCACAGAUAAAAACCUGUCACCUGAUGGACAAUAUGUGCCUCGAAUCAUGUUUGUAGACCCAUCUCUUACAGUAAGAGCUGAUAUCACAGGAAGAUACUCCAACCGGCUUUACACAUAUGAACCACAGGACAUACCAUUCCUAAUAGAGAGCAUGAAGAAAGCACUACGCCUCAUUCAGACAGAACUGUAACCAGCAACAGUGAAAUGAUCUUAACUUCUAUGAGGUGAAGCUGUACUAGGAAACCUAACAUUUUGAAAUAUUUUAGUUAACCUCUCUGCCU